AUGGAUUCAACAAAAAAUGGAAGUAGCAGAAAUGGCAAAUUUCGUGUGGUAUCACUGCCAUGGUUAGGCUCAACUCACAUCUCUGCAUUCCUUGAAUUAGCCAAAAGAAUGUCAAUCCAUAAUUUCCAUGUCUUUAUUUGUUCAACUCCAAUCCACUUUCCCUCUAUGAGAAAAUAUAAUCUUGCUCAAAAAUACGACGAAUCCAUCAAACUUGUCGAUCUUAACAUGCCAUCUUCGGCCGAAUUCCCUCCUCAUUACCACACCACAAAUGGUCUGCCUCCUCAUCAUAAGAAUAAACUUAUGUUUACAUAUGAAGAAUGUCAUCCGCAUUUCACAAAAAUACUCAAAAACCUUAAGCCUCAUUUAGUUGUGUAUGAUUACAACCAAUGGUGGGCAGUUGACGCUGCUUCGUUGUUUAACAUACCUUGUGUUCAGUUCUUGAUAGGUCCAGUAACACCAUGUGUUGUGUUUCUUUAUAAGGCCAUGAAACAAGCAGCUGAACAAAGUCCUAUCCCUAGGUUCAAUGUUGACGAAUAUGAAACCACAAACACGAAAGAUGACGGUGAUAUAGUGAACUCACCACCUGAAGAAAACCAAGUAUUGCCUGUUGGCCCAUUAUUUCCAGAAUCAUUCUUAGACGCAAAAAGUGACGAUAACGAUGAGCAUAUCGAAAUCUUUCGUUGGCUCGAUCAGAAGAAAAAGGAGUUUCCCGAGGGAAGCAACACAAGAAUUGAACAAGUACUUCCUAAAGGGUUUCUUCAAAGGAUUGGUGACAAGAGUAUGUUUAUCACCAAAUGGGCACCCCAAGCUCGGAUAUUGAACCACCUGAGCACCUGGGGAUUCUUGUGUCAUUGUCGAUGGGUUUCGGUUUUGGAAAGCAUUUACUAUGGUGUGCCAAUUAUAGGAUUGCCAAUGCAAUAUGACCAUCCAGGCAAUGCAAAGCUUAUAGAGAAGCAUGGAAUUGGUAUCAUUGUUGGAAGAAAUGAAGAUGGAAGCUUAUGA